CUAAAUAUUAAUUAAUUAACUCUAUACUUUAUUUUGUUAACAGGUUUACAUACUUAAAUAAAAUGAAUAACAUAGGUUUUUGUAAGAAAUAAAAAUUUACCUAUGAAUUUAAUUUGGAAUAAUUCAAUUAAAUGGCUUCACAAAUUGAAGAAUUUCUUGCAAAAAAAAAAGAACAAACUACACUAUUAGAUUUACACAACUGCACAGCUAAUUCAAAAGAAGAAUUAAGAAAACUCGUGGAAAAAGUUCCAGAAUUCAAAAUCAAACCAGAAAAAGUAUUUUUUUUUAAUACAUUUAGUACUUGCUAAUCGAAUGCCAAAACUUGCCAUCGAAUAUUAUAAUGAAUUUAGGGUGGUUUUUGUUUAUAGAAAAAUAAAAAGUGCUCAUUAAUGUUCAUAAGAACUUAUUAAAAAGAUGUCGUAGAGAGUAUUAUUUUGUACUUUUAAUUUCUUUUAAAUUUUAUUAAAAAACUAGCACCGUCUACAUAUGUUCAAAAACUUAUUUGUAGAAUAUUAUAUUGUUUAAAAAAAAGAAAUAUUAACAGUAUUUUGUUACAACUUAACUUAAUUUUUAAUACUCUAUACUUUACAUAAUUUAUAUCAUAUAAUAUUUUAUUUUAUUUCAUACUUCCAUUAAUAUACUUUUUUGAGUUCAGAUAGUUUUUUUUAUACCUACUCAACUACAAUAUAAAAAUUAAAUAGUUUUUUAUCUUCAUUUAUAGUUAUAGAAAUGUAAUGUUCAAUUAUAAUAAGUGUUCUUUCUGCUUUAUCGAGGCCAUGAUUUUUGUUUAGCUUCAUUAUACUGCUCUCUAGAAGUCAAAAACCGUUUUUAUUUUAAAUUAUUAUCUUUGUUUAAAAUAUUAUUUUUCAUAUUAAAUUGUUCAAAAAAAAUUUAAUUAGGAUAAAUAAAUUCAUCAAUUGAUUUUAAAACAAAUAUCUCAGCAUCUUUUAGUAUUAUUAUAUUUUAUUUUAAUCUUCAUUACUAUUUAGCAUUUUUAGGUGACAAAUACUAUAAAUCAGCAAUUCACAACCUUUUCAUAUUCACUUGACACCUAAUAACAUUUUUUUUUUACUCAAAAACUAUAUGUUAUUCCACUAUAUGUAAUUUUUUUCAUUUAUAAAUCUACAUAAUUAUAAGCAUUUAUUACAACAAAAGUAAAAUUGAAAAAUAUGUUAAAUAAUAGUAAAAUAUUAUGAAGGGCUACGGUGAAAAAUGGUAAUAGUCAAUGUUCAGUAUUGUAAUUUUAAAGUUUCAGAACAAUAUUAAAACUUUAUUUAACUGUAUAUUUAAAUCUUUAUUUUGUCACUAACUGUGACCUUUAUGCCCCAACUUGGUUCACAUAUUAAUUCGGUCAGAAAUAAUUGACAAGUUGACAAAAUUAUUCUACUUUGUCAACAAAUUUCUUAUGUGUACCAUCUAUGAGAUUUCCACAUACUUCAAGUUGAGAAUUGCUACCAUAAAUGUUUUCUAAGGCCUAUUUUGGUUAUACCUCUACAUCUGUUAAAAUUGUAUACAAAUUUAUUGGGUACUGUAAAAAAACUUAUUUGUGUAUAUUAUUAUUUUUCUUGGGAAAUAAUAGAUUUUACACAAAAUUCUAUCAAUAUACUGGUUUAGAGAAUAUUAUGUUUUAAAAAUAAAAUCCCAUACAUUUUUCGGUUAUGUGUUUUAAUAAUAAAACUUAAAACAUUAUAAAAGUACAAAAUACUGUCUUCUUUGAUAACUUAACUAAUAUUUUUAAACAUUUCUAAUAAAUAUUUAAGAUUGUCCUGACAAAAAUAAUGCAUUCAAAAAUAAGGAUUACCAUUAAUUAUAUACAACAAAGUAGAUCGUAGGAACAAUUCAUGCAGUUUUAAUUUUUUAAUAACAGUAACAUGGAUAGGUAGGUAGCAAUAAAAUUAGAUAAAAUUCUAUUUAGAUUGUUUAAAUUUUAAAUAGUACUAAGGAUUUUCCAUAUUAUAUACUCUAAAAUAAACCAAAUAGUUUUUGGUAGGUAGUUUCAAGAUUCAACCAAAAUUAAUUUUAUAACAGGACCUAUACCUAAUUAAUUUUAUUUUUUAUAAGGUAUUCUUAAAUAUAUUAUUAAUAUUGGUGAUUAUUGUAGAAACUUGAUGAUAUUAAAAUAAGAGAAAAAAAAUUCAAAUUUAAACUACCAAAAAAGGAAUCCAAAAAAACGUUUCCAUUUGCAGAGCCAACACCAUCAGAAAUGAAAGGAGUUUCUUUAGAAGAAUUGUAUUCUGUGAAUAUCCCAUGGAAAAUGCUUACUGCUCUUCGACCUAAAUCAAAAAUUGAUGAAGAAUAUUUUUCAAGGUAAAAUUGUAAUUUAUUGUAUUGACUUCUUAAUUUUACUUAUAUUUCUCUCUUGUUACUAUUCAAAUUUAACAAAUAUUGUUUUGCAUAAAGUUUAAUUCAAACUUAAUUUGUUAGGCAAGUUGAAUUGGGCAUGGCAACGCUUAAAACAAGAAAUUUGGAGAAAAGAAUGCCUCGAGAUAGUUUUUUACGGAAGAAGAAAAAUGCAUCGGGAGGAGUAGAAGCAAAGUUCUUAUCAUGUAGAGAGUGUGGAGUUGAAUUUUGUACAGGGAAUAGAUGCAAAAUAUUUGACUAUGAUUCCUUUAAACGGGUAGCAGUGUCUACUGUACAAAUGACCAGUGAACUACAAACACAAGAGCAAACUUCACAAGAAAAAAAAUCUCCAAAAAAAAAAAGUUUAAAGAAAGGAUCAAAAUUAAAAAUACAUGCAAGUAAUACGCCUGCUAUAACUCCAAAGAGGGACUUUCCGAAAAACGAAAAUAAAAUAAUCAGUGUGAAAACUAAUAAAAAAAAUAUGACCAGUCAAGAAAAAACAAUGGGUAAAUCAAAUGAAAGUAUUAAACCAAUAAAAAAUAUUUCAUCAAAAGUAAAUAUUGAAAUGAAAAAGACAAAUAUUUCUGGAAAAAUGAAAAUUUGA